AUGGCGAACAUGGGAGAGGAUCAGAAUUCGAUUGACAUGAAUGAGGAUAAAGAUUCGGCAUUCGAUCAAGUGACACACAAUUGGGUGGACAUUACGCAAGAGUUCUUCGAAGCUAUCACAGAUCUGGAACUCGGAGAAUUGUUACAUGAUGAGUUAUUUGGAUUAUUCGAAGCUAUGUCUGCCAUUGAGAUGAUGGAUCCAAAAAUGGAUGCCGGCAUGUUGUGCAAUAGAGGGAACAAUAAACCUUGUACUUUUACUCAAGCAGUCGACUCAGGUGCAAUUAAAUUGGACAACUUCACACCUGCUGAAGUCAUUGGGAUAAUAGAUUCUACAUAUGCGUGCAUAGUGUCUUGGUUGGAAGGCCACAGUUUAGCCCAGACUGUCUUUACAAACUUGUAUUUGCAUCAGCCUGGACAAAUAUUGGAUAAACCUCUGAAGACUUUUUGUUAUGCAGUAUACAAGAUAAUCGAGAUAAUCAAAGAUUGCAUUAAUAAGGCGUUAGUAUUUGAGGAGGAGGAUUUCCAAAGUGUCACCUAUGGCUACAGAUUGCAGCAAGAUAUUACAGAACAAAAGAUAAUAUCAAUGCUAAGAGAAGUGGAGGAGGAGCUACAUCGAAAGAGUAGAAUAAAACUUGUCGAUGUAGAGUCUGAGAAAGAGUAUAACGAUGGAAUAGCGCUUUAUGCGAGGAUCCGUUUUACAAAGAUGUUUUAUCAAGUGCUAACAUUAAUGGGCCGAAAGCAGCAGUUGCAACAGAAUUUAAAUGACUGUCAGAGAUUAUUGUCGAACUGUUCCGACAUGCUUCACAUUAUGAUCUUAACAGUGACGCGUGGAGAGAAAGCUGAUGAAAUUUCUAAUCAUCCAAAUAUCAUGGGCUUUGAUCCGAUGGUGAAUCAAAGACUAUUGCCACCAACGUUUCCUCGUUACACAAAAAUCAAGCCGAGAGUAGAUGUUUUGGAAUAUUUAAUCGAGCUGAUAAACCGUUUCAAAAUGGUUAUUAAGAUUACGAAUCAUGUCGGGUUUCACGCAGCCUUGGAUUUUUUCUUAGAAUUCUCGCGUCAGAGCCCUUGCAUAUUGUCUAGGUCUAUGCUGCAAAUCGUUUACUUGCCAACCACUAAUCGCGUAUUCGGUGUGCACAAUUUUGCCGAUGUGCUAAGAGACUCAGCGCGAAAUUUUAUCGCGCCGCCCGUGCUAAUGCCGAAAAGCACGCUGCUGCAAAAUCACCAGGCUAAAGAGUACGUCGACAGUUUCCUAUUGCAUUGCGUCAGUUUGUUUGGGAGCUUGUUGCAACUCAGCGGACACAACAGGGCAAGGCAAAGAGACAAAUUGGCACAUUUGUUGGAAGACUUUGCGACGCUACAAGAUGAAGCAGAGAGAGUUGAUGGCUACUUGCACACUCUAUCUAUGAAGAGUGAUACGCCAAGGCCUCACUUGGCUUGUUUCGGCACUUGGAUUUUGUACCACACGUUACGUGUGAUGGUUAUGUAUCUCUUGAGUGGCUUCGAGCUCGAGUUAUAUUCGGUGCACGAGUAUCAUUAUAUCUUCUGGUAUUUAUAUGAAUUUCUAUACGGCUGGUUGGUGUCUGCAAUUACGCGGGCCGAUACGUUCUUGAUGGAGCAAGAUGUUCACAAUGAUACGCAUAAGGGCAGAGGUGGUAAAAAGAGCUCGAAAAACAAGAAGAAGAAGUCAACUCCGAGACCAUAUAAUCUGGAAAUAUUGAUGUAUCAAGCGAUGCAGAACAUAUGUGGCGGAUAUUACAAAGCUUUAGUCGGUUUUCGUAUGGACGGAAAAAUCCCGCUUCCUGAGAUGCAGUUUGAUUCUGAGAGAGUGAGAUAUGAGCAUAGAUUAUUGCCGUUUUCUUCCCUGUUGACGCCACCACCUGUUCAUUAUCAAGAAUUCUUAGACAUGACAAAUGCUCAAAUGCACAAGCGAAACGAGAAAGUUACGAGCGAGAUGCAAUAUGUCGCCGGCUGUCGACAUUUCCAUCAAGCUAGAAAUAUGUUAGAGCGCGCGUUACUGCUGUACCCAGCGAAUAGCUUAAUUGAAAACGAAAUCAACAACUUGUUGAAAGUAGCAAAGACGAAUUUCGUGGUUUUGAAGCUACUAGCUGACGGACAUAAGAAGGAUUCUAAAGAACCACCGGUCUUCGAUUUCUCUUGUCAUCGACACUUUCCUCUGAUUAAAAUAACUUAAAUUACAUAUCUUGUAUCUUCCACAAUAUAAAGGACAUAUUAUUUAUUUUA